CACAUAUCAGUAUUCAGAUUGAGUAUACUUUACGUCCCCAUAUCUUCUUAUGGUUGGGUUCCGUGGAGUGGUGGAGAGAGAGAGAGAGAGAGAGAGAGAGCCACUAUGCAGGUCCUGAUUCCCAAUAUGGAAGUGAAAAGUUCAUCUACUACAACAACUGUUACUACUCUAAACUAACCACAACUUAUUAUGGCUCAAGAUUGGAAUAUAGAGUUGGUAGUUCAGUCCAUCGAAUCAGUAUAUAGUACUAAUGAUACUGACAAGAUUAGACAACUUCAGGAUUACUUACAGACUAUACAGAAGUCAGAACUGGGAUAUCAAUUGGCUCAACUACUUGUAAAGAAUCCUUCCAAAUAUUGUCGAUACUUUGGAGCCUUAACAUUUACCGUAUUCUUAAAUACUUAUAAAGAAGCCUUAACUCAUAAUCAAAUUACUUCUAUAUUUGAUGAACUAAUAGAUUAUACAAUUACUUUACAAACGGAUAAUUUCGAUUCCAAUCUAUUCAUAAUCAAAAAGUUAUUAAGUAAUAUAUCCUUAUUAUUCAUAGAUCAUAAUGGGAUGGAUAAUGGAGAUCAAGCGCUACUUGAUCCAUUAAGUAGAUACUUUUUCAAAAUUGGUAAUGCCAAUGCAAAUUUUUCAGAAUUAACUAAUGAUCAGUUUAGAUUAUUAAUUCAUUUACAUACGAUUAUUGUAGAAGAUAUUCGAAAACGUGAUAAUACUAAAUUAUCAUCAAUUCAUCAACUUAUAUUCACAGUCAUAUUCCCCAAUUUACGAGCCAUGUAUGAAUUUCUUAUUCAUUAUGAUAUUACAUCAGAACUGCAUGAAUUACAUAAAUUAGCAUUGGAUUGUUUAUUUGCAUGGUCUACCUAUAUUGGAAUGGCAGAACAUGGAUCUCAAAUAUCAUAUACUGCUAAUGAAAUAACUUUGCAACCAUUAGUGAUGUAUACAUUUAAACAAUUAAAAUUUGAAGAUCUUGAAAAUACAAUAGAUAUAGUCAGUAAAUGUAGUACGGUAUUAUCUCAAAUUUUAGAAGAUUAUCCUAAAAUUUUAAAUCCAUAUAAACCUUUACUUACUCAAGUACUAUUUGAACCAGAUCAAUUUGGGGUUAAAUUCUCUAGAGCAAUUCUUAAUAAUAAAGAAUUAAUGGAAAUAUAUCAACAAGAGAUUGAGAAUUUUGCUGAUUUAAUUAUAGCAUAUUUAAAUUUGAAUAUCUUAUAUUUAGCAAGAAAUUUAUCUAAUCCUCAAGUAUUACAAAUUCUUGAAAUGGCUGUAUCAUUAACUGAUUUCCCUGGUAAUCCUAUAGAGGAUGAAAAACUUAGUGAUCAAUUUCUUAUAUUCUGGGAAGAAUUCAUUAGUACAUUUAUUGAUGAUGGAGAAAUAAUGAAAAACACUAAUCCAACUUUACAGGCAGAGAUUUUAAUAAAUGUUGGUAUAAUUUACUGGAGAAAAUGUCAUGUGUUUGGUAGUAAAAUGUCAACGGAAUUCAAUCAUUUCCGAAUAAGAGUGGCCGAAGUAUUUCAAUUACUUUAUUCAUUAUUGAAUACUUCCAUCUAUUCAUUAUUAUGUAAGACUAUACUAGAUAAAUUAAUUGAAUUUGGGUCAACUCCUAGUCAACAAGUAUCACUAGAUAUUGAAGCAUCUCUUUAUUUAAUUUAUAAGAUUACUGAUGACUUGACGUUUUAUGAUGAUGAAUCAACUGAAGCUCUAAUCCCCCAUAUCGAUCAAUUAUUCCAACAUGGAUUAAUUGAAAUCAUUGAUCAAAACUUUAAGGAUCAUCAAAUCAAUAUUACUUUAUUGAAUUUCCUAUCAUCUUUACCAUUCUACUUUAAAACUUCUCAGGGUGAUAAACAUAUCACUGUAACUUUUAAUUACUUAUUUUCUAUUAUUCUAGAUCAACCUACUGAUAAAGUUCAUGCUAGUCAAGCUUUAAUUUCGUCAAAAACAAUAUUGAAGAUCUGUCAGAAUUCCAAAACUAAAUUGGUCCCAUUUUUACCUCAGUUACAAACCAUUGUUCUUGCGGUGAUUAAGAAUGUCCAGUUUGAUAGUUUAAUAAGAGAAAGACUUGUCAAUUCCUUUGUAUCAAUAGUUAAUUCUUUGAAGGAUCCUAUUAAACUAGGUGAUGUUAUUUCAUGUCUUGUGGAUGUAGUACUUGAGAAAAUUGCUCUUUUAGGUCCUAAUGAAGAGGAAGAUGUCCGGGACUAUGCAGUCAGUUUAUUAGGUUGUAUUGAUGAGAUUGCCAAGGCAACUGAAUUACCUGAAGAUCUUGAUGAUUACUUUACUGCCGAACAAUCGUAUCAAACACAAGCCUAUUGGACUGAAGAUCAACAUCAUAUUAAACAGUCUAUUUUAAAAGUCAUUAAUGAGUUAUCAUUAAACUAUAGUCCAUUGGUUGAUGAGACUUUGUGCACUGAGAAGUGUUGUCAUAUAUUCAAAUGUGGAUUACUGGAACCCAUCAAUGGUCCAUUCAAAUUUGAAUUACAGGUAAUGUUCAACUAUUUAAUGCUCAAAAUUCAAAAAUGUAAUUCAGGGUCAGUGUCUUUAAUAUAUAAAUUAAUUGAAUCAAUAGUCAUAACCAAUAGUAUACAUAUAUCGUUAAGUUCUUUUGAAGAAUUAGUCACAAAAGUAUUCAUUGAUAAAUUGACUUACAUACAAGCCGAUACCGAUUUGAUUAAAUCAUCAAUGGGUUUGUUCGCUACUGUACUAGAAAAGAGUCCAUCAUUAGUUAUUCAUUUACCGUUAUUUACUCAUACUGUAUUAAAGUUUGGUAUUUCAGCAUUGACAUAUAAUGAGACAUAUGUUAUAAAGUCGGUGACUAAAUUUUGGAAUAUGUUGUUAACCCUAAGACGAGGCAAAUCUUCUGAACAAGAGUUUAUACGAGAUCUAAUUAGCAAUCAGUUCAUUAUAGAUGACUCCCAUCCUUUGGGAUAUUCAUUAUUGUCUAGCUUAAUUGAUUCAUUCAUCGAUAAUCCUCGAUCCAAUACAGAAUAUUUCUAUCAGUUGUUUAGAACGUUGGUAGCCAAAUAUCCAUUACUAGUUAAGAACUGGUUGAGAGUAAAAUUAAUUCAUAAGUUGGUAGAUAAUGGUAAGUUCAAUGGGCCAUUUGUCGAUCAAUUUAUUAGUAAACUUAUGUUGACAAGAGGGCAAAGACAAGCCAAUGAAGUUUUAAAGGCCUUUUGGUUGGACUGUAAUAAUUUAGUAGAAUUUAAGCAAUAGCUGCAAAUAGAUAGAUAAUGCAAAUAGUACUGUAACGUAAUAAAAUUGUUGAGUAG